UCACUUUAGAAUUGUUUGCACAGUCGCAACUUUAAGAGACGCGAAUAAGGAACGAGUCACACAAAUGUUUAUGAAACCAUUGGCAUAUAUAAACACUACUAGUACGUUGUCUUCAAGUCUUUUUUACUCACAAAAGAAAGCGGCUGUCGAAAAGAGUUCCAAAACAGGUUUUAUCGCUCAGCCUAGUAGGCAGCUUGUUUGUCGUCCCAAAGACGGUCGAAAGUGGAGCAAACAAGAAAUAAUUUAUCAGAACAGGAAACAUGAAACCUUAGAUUGUGUAGCCAGUGCAGACUUGGAUAUUCCUCUUUUGGAAAAACAAUUUUCUGUUGCAGACCCUCAGGAAGUAGUCAACUUUGCCCUAUCGACCUUUGGUGAAGAAGUUGCCAUAGCAUUUUCAGGAGCAGAAGAUGUUGUAUUGUUGGAAUAUGCAAAGAGGUCAGGCAAGCCUUUUCGAGUCUUUGCUUUGGAUACUGGACGGUUGCAUCCCGAAACGUAUCGUUUCUAUGAGAAGGUUUCAGAAUACUUCAAAAUUUCCAUUGAAUAUCAAUUUCCGAAUGCUGAGGAAGUAGAAGCUCUCGUUAGAGAAAAGGGCUUGUUUUCCUUCUAUAAGGAUGGACAUGGAGAGUGCUGUGGUAUACGUAAGGUAAAGCCCUUGAAGAAGAAGCUUAGUUCAUUGCGAGCUUGGAUGACAGGUCAGAGGAAAGACCAAAGUCCGAGUACUCGUUCAUUUGUUCCGACUAUUCAGAUAGAUCCAUCAUUUCAGGGAAAAGAUGGAACAUCUCUUGUUAAGUUGAAUCCACUUGCGAACCGGAGUUCGGAACAAGUUUGGUCGAUGAUUCGUGCUCUAGAACUUCCUUAUAAUGAGUUACAUGAAAGAGGUUUCAUAUCUAUAGGAUGUGAACCAUGCACUAGACCGGUUUUACCUAAUCAACAUGAACGAGAAGGAAGAUGGUGGUGGGAAGAAGCUAUUCAAAAGGAAUGUGGUUUGCACAAAGGUAACUUGUCUUCUACGGGAAUGGAGGAAGUGGCCUCUCAGUUGGUAGAAAACUUGAUAGAAAAAGAGCCAAUCGUAAUUUUUGCACGCUCGGAUUGUCCCUUUUGUAAGCAAGCCAAAGCUUUGUUAGAUGCAUUGAGCAUUGCUUAUAAACUCGUAGAGAUGGAUAAAGUGGAGAAUGGGGCUGAGUUGUUUGAAGUUUUAAAGAAGAAAACAGGACAGAAGACUGUGCCAAAUAUUUUUAUAUCUCAAAAACAUAUAGGAGGAUGGACGCAGUUGGAACAACUUUAUCGAAGAGAUUUGCUGAAAGUCAACAUCUCAUCGUUACAAAUUUCAUGAAUUCAAAUUGGAUUUCCGUCAGUUUUUCAGAGUCAAACAAAGGGUAUCUAUAGCCUUCAGAU